AUGUUGGAAGGCGUGGUUGCAAACCUGCUCAACAGGUUUUUGGGCAUGUACGUCAAGAACUUCGAUGGGAAACAACUAAACAUCGGAAUCUGGUCGGGCGACGUUAAACUGCAUGACCUCGAACUGCGCCGAGAAGCACUUGAUCAACUCCACCUCCCCCUCAACGUCGUCGAAGGACACAUCGGGCAGCUUACAUUAUCCAUCCCCUGGUCGAACCUACGAGGGAAGCCGGUUAGGGUGGAAAUCGAGGAUGUUUUUCUUCUCGCAGCUCCGAAGGUGGAGACCGACUACGACCCAGAGGAGGAAGAAAAACGGGCUCAUAAUAUCAAGAUGGAUAAACUCGAGAGUGCGGAGAUCCUGCGUGAGCGUAACGCAGAAGGAAUGACUCAAGAGGAGCAGAAGAGAAAUCAAAGCUUUACACAGAGUUUUACAACUGCCAUCGUUGAUAAUCUGCAGGUCUCCAUCAAGAAUGUCCAUAUCCGAUAUGAGGACUCUAUUGCUUCUCCCGGCCACCCCUUCGCUGUCGGCAUGACCUUGAAAGAAUUGAGUGCCGUGAGCACAGACUCAGAAUGGCGUCCUACUUUCAUUCAAUCUACAUCUGGCACGACACACAAGCUAGCAGUUUUAGGAGCCUUAGCGGUCUACUGGAAUACCGACACUGAGCUACUAGGUACCGGAAGUGGCGCAGACUUUGGCGCGGAAGCCCAAGGUAUACCGCAUGCAGAGCUCAUGGCCAAACUCAGAGAUGGUAUCGAACUGGACGAAAAUAACCAGUAUAUCCUGCGACCUGUGAGUGGUCGCGCGGGGCUCGAGAUGGACAAAACGGGAAAGCUUGAGAGGCCCAGAAUGAAAGCCCGUCUCUUAUUCAAUGAAUUGGGUUUCGUUCUUGAUAGUGAUCAGUACCGUGACACAUUGAUGCUGGUAGAUUUGUUUCAUUAUUUCAUCCGCCAUCAAGAGUAUAAGAAACUACGGCCUUCGAAGAACCCGAAGGAGGAUCCGCGAGCCUGGUUCCGAUUUGCCGGAAAUGCUAUCCUAUCUAAGAUCCAUGAACGGAACAGAGUGUGGACUUGGGAUUAUAUCAAAGAGCGGAGAGAUGAUCGACUAGCCUAUAUUUAUCUGUUCAAGAAAAAGAAAAGAGAAGAGGCACUUACAGUGGAUCAGAACACGGAGUUAAAUGAAUUGGAAAGGAAAUAUACCUACGAAGAUCUCCGCUUUUGGCGUUCUCUAGCACGAAAUCAGCUACGGAAAGAGAACGUUGGCGUUAAGAAGCCCGUUAGGGCGCAAACAUGGAGCGAAUGGAUGUGGGGAGCGAAGAAACAAGAGGAAGAUGAAACAGAAACAAUGACGGAUGAGCAACGACAGGAACUAUACAAUGCGAUCGACUGGGACGAGAAAAAAGCCCUGGCCGAGAGUGUGGAACUUCCUAGAGAAUCAGUCAAGCUACAGGUCAAUUCGAGCCUCAGAGCUGGUAGCUUGACCUUGAAACGCGAUCCACAUGGUGCGGCAACAGAAGUUAUGAAGCUUGUGUUCGAUAACUUUAGAGCCAAAGCUCUACAGCGACCUGAUUCAUUCUUUGUUGAUCUAAAUCUUGGUGGCUUGCGAGUAUACGACGGGACUACGGAAGGCACUAUCUUCCCGCAGAUCGUACGUGUCAAAGAUUCUCAAGGCCAGAUAGAGAAUUCAUCCCCAGACGACUCGCAAGAAUUAGAAUACGAGGAAGAAUCAGACGACGGCGGGCAAGAUGACAACUUGUUCCACCUUCAAGUCGAACAGAAUCCGCUCGAAAGCGAUGCCGAUACCGCUGUCAAGGUAAAACUUAAGAGUAUUGAGGUCAUCUAUAAUCCUAGAUUUGUGGUUGAGGUCGCCCGCUUUUUCAAACCCCCUGAGCGCCAUAUGGAGUCGGUAGGAGCCCUUCUUGACUCCGCUGGGGCCACGGUACAAGAAAUCAGGCAACAAACUAGAGCAGGUCUUGAAUACGCUCUUGAAGCGCACAGAAAAGUAGACGCUCAGUUCGAUCUGCAAGCCCCUCUCAUCAUUAUACCAGAGAGUAUUACAGAGGAAGGCGCGCUUUGUCUCAUCCUUGACGCCGGUCACAUCAGACUAAACAGCGAGCUUGUUGAUAGAGGAACGAUGUCAGAGCUCCAAAACAAGCAGAAAAGGCAGUAUAGCGAAGAAGACUACAAACAGCUGGAAGAGCUUCUUUAUGACAAAUUCUUGAUCAAGCUCGAUUCGAUCCAGUUGCUCAUAGGCCCAAACAUCGAAGCUACCAAAGCGCAACUCACCUCAAACGACCCGACCAAAGACCUCCAUAUCGUCGAUCGCAUCAAUGUGGAUUUUGUUCUCGAACUUUGUAUUGUUCCGAAAACCACUGCCCUCACUAGAACACGUGUUUCCGGUCAUUUGCCAGAGUUGCAUGCCUCAAUGUCAGAUUCGAAGUAUAAGAAUCUAAUGAAACUUAUAGAAAUAGCUAUCCCACGCUUUGAAGAGGAUUGUGAAGAAAAGUCUGACCGCCCAGAAGCAAUUGUUGAUAAAACUUCCGAACAGGAAGCGAGGAAUAGAGCGAGAUCAGCCUCGUUUCAGCCGUCUUUUAGAAGAGACAUCCCACUUCUCGACGAGGAGUCUGAUUCGGAAGACUCUGGGAAACGUGAAGUCGCGAAGAAAGACGACCAGCCCAUCAACUUGCACCAGCGAAUCUUUGAGUUCAAGUUCACUGUGGGAAAGCUUCGUGGUUCUUUGUUCAGAUCUGAUCCAAGAGAAGCGAAAUCUGACCAGUUACUGGCCGAGUUGGUUGCAGAAGCCUUCGAGUUGGACUACUACCUUCGACCAUUUGAUAUGGUAGCCGAGCUGACACUAAAGUCUCUGAGCGUGGAUGACUACAUAGAACAGAAUGCGACACCAGAAUUCAAACAGAUUGUUUCCUCCAAAGGCUUCAAUGCGGAGGAAGAUAAGGAUCUGUUCAAUCUCAAAUUCGUUCGAGUUAGACCGGAUUCCCCUGAAUUUCAUUCGACAUAUGAGGGCGUUGAUAUGAAUCUUGACAUUACAGUGUCCACAAUCAAUAUCAUAGUCACCAGAAGGACGCUUUUGACAUUAUUGGAUUUCGUGCUGAUUACUUUCACAAAUCCUGAACAGCCAAAAGCGGUCGAUCAAUCGGCGGAUAGUACUGCCGUGGACGUUUCUCAAGGGCAACCGGAAUCGCAAGAGGUUCGCAAAAUCAGAAUCAAGUCGCAAUUGAAGAGUAUUGCGUUGAUCUUGAAUAACGACGGUGUGAGACUUGCAACUUUGAGUCUCAAUACUGGAGAUGUCGGCAUUUUCUUAGUCGGCCGGACCAUGCAGAUCCAAUCUCGGAUUGGAAGUUUGACGCUAGUGGAUGACGUGAAUGUUGGCGCGUCAGAGCACUCCUCUCUUAGGAGACUUAUGACAAUCGAGGGCGAGAACUUUGCUGAUUUCAGAUAUCAAACCUUUGAUCCGGACUCGGCAGAAUACCCUGGCUAUGACUCUGAAGUAUUCUUGAGAUCUGGAUCGAUCAAGAUCCAGCUUCUGGAGGAGCCAUACCGGAAGAUUGUCAAUUUCCUGGUUAAAUUCGGAAAGAUGCAAGCGAUAUUCAAUGCGGCUCGACAGGCAGCGGCAAACCAGGCUAAUCAACUUCAAGAGAAUGCGUCACAAAACAAGCAACGUGAUACCGUUACUGCAGAGCUCGGAGAGAUCUACGCAAAUAAUACCUUUGUUCCUUUGGAUGACCGAAAAGAUAGUCCAGCGGUCAAUAUGAUCACGACUGGUAUUCGCAACAUCCGCCUCACGUCUGAUUUGUACUAUGAUGAUGCUACACACGAACAACUGGAGAUGAUCCAAAAGGUUAAUCUUGAUUUCAGUAUUUGUUAUCUCGAACACCAACCGAACCAACCUCGUCCUGACAUUGAGGUUGAGGGAACAAUGUCUCCAAUCAAGCUACGCAUCUCGCAACCACAACUCAAAUUUCUGCUAGAGAUUUUGAAGACAGUACCGGGUGUCUUUACCCCAGAUCUUGAUGAGCAGGAACUUGAAGCAAUGCAGUCACUUCCUUCACUCAAUACACAAAACGAGGAGCAGAGCCCAGAAAUUCAGCAGGUAAAAAAGCCGGCGAAUCCAAGUCCACCCACCAGUACAGAAAAGGACACGUGGGUGAAACUUGAUAUGAUAUUCAAGGUGGAAAGCGUUGGCUUGGAGCUGCUCUUGGCAAAGGAGAACAAACCUGUUGGCCAAAUAGAGGAUUCUAGCUUGUCUAGAUUCUCACUGAAUAACACUAGGGUGAAAUUACGCAUGUUGAGCGAUGGUGCCUUGGAAUCGGAACUUUUGAUACACUCCUUUUCAAUCAGGGAUAGUCGCGCCCAAGAGACGAACAAGUUCCGGAAGAUCAUGUCGCUGAUCAACAACGACGUUCAGCAACAAUUCAUGGCUAGUAUCUCAAUGUCUCCGGGACCUAAGAAGCAUGUCAUAGCCAUGGUUACUAUUGAUAGUCCACGCAUCAUACUUGCACUUGAUUAUUUGAUAGCACUGCAAACAUUUGCUAGUGAAGCAUUCGCGCAAGAUCAGCCCUUGGAGAUCGAAGAAAUCGACGAGACGCCCGAGGACUCCGAUGCCGCGUCUAGCGCUGCAGUAAGCGGUAUAAAAUCAUCUACUGAUGAACAGUUCCGCACCUCUUCAGAAGAACAGCAGAUGACUUUCUCGCUUAGAGCUGAUAUCGUCGACGCUCAGGUCAUCAUGAUUGCCAAUCCUGCAAUAGCAAACACGGAAGCAAUCGUACUAGGGACAAAACAGGUGCUCUUUUCUCAUCAAAACGUCUCCACUCUACAGAUCAACAAAGUUGGCAUGUUUCUCUGCCGGAUGGACAAAUUCGAAACAAGCCGGCUGCGCAUUUUAGACGACUUUACGUUGGAAUUGUCUGUAGAUAGCCGUUCGCAAGACAAGGGAUCAGCUCUGACUAGCAUUGAUGUCCAUGUGGAGCCCCUGGUUUUGAGACUGUCAUUGCGUGAUAUUCUCCUUGCCACUCAGAUCAUGAACAAGGUGUCCGAGAUGAGAAAGCCACCUGAAGUAGAGAAGACUGAUGAGCCGCAAAGAAUCAAGGAAAUCAAGGGCACUGGCAAGAAAUCAUCGAAGAGGCGUUCUACGAUAGGAGGAAAAGCUAGUUCAGCAACAGCUUUGAAGUCAAGGAGUCAUUUGGUCCCCGAACAAAGGCUCGCACCACAGCAAUCUGCAGUCAUUCGAAGGGAGGAGUUGGGUGCUCAGUUUGAUGGCAUUCGAGUUAUUCUCAUUGGAGAUCUGCACGAACUGCCCUUGCUUGAUUGGAGUGUCAAGAAAUUCAGUGUCGAUGUUAAAGACUGGUCGUCCACUUUGAAUGCUGAUACAUCAUUUGACACUUUUAUCAAUGUCUACAACUUCUCGAAAUCGGCCUGGGAGCCUCUCAUCGAACCCUGGCAGCUUGGAUUCCACAUGUCUAAGGAAGUGAAUCCAGAUGUCUUCUCAGUCGAGGCCUACUCUCACAAGAACAUGGAUCUGACUCUAACCUCUGCAACUAUCGCUCUCGCGUCCAAGUCAUUCCAAUUCCUUAACACUGACGAGGAUGUCUUGUCCAAACCUAGAGGAGCCGACGCACCAUAUAGGAUCCGCAAUCACACUGGAUUUGACCUCAAUGUGUGGGCAGACGUCGAAGAUGGAGAGAAUGGACCAGCCGCUAAACUAAGCGACGGUGAGGAAUAUCCCUGGCGCUUUGAGGACGCAACUACGAUGCGUGAAAACCUCACCCCAGAGGGUAACGCAGGCCUGGUGGGCAUCAAGUUGGAGGGCAGUGGCUUUGACAGUAUUCAGCGCAUACCCGUCAUCAGGGAAGGUGAAACUCUGUACAACUUGAAGCCCAAAAAGAACAAGGUCCUCCAUAAGCUACUUGUUGAAGUCAAGCUGGGCUCAGAUAAUGUCAAAUAUAUCACUUUCCGAUCUCCAUUGCUAUUGGAAAACAACACGCAGAUACCUGUUGAGAUGGGGAUUUUCAGUUCCGAAGAUGGCCACCUCCUCAAGAUUGAGAAGAUUCAACCAGGUGAUGCCCGACCCGCACCAGUCGGGUCUGCGUACCUGCAUCAACUACUCGUGCGCCCUGAUCAAGGAUUUGGGUAUGAUUGGUCGAAAGAAGAAUUGUAUUGGAAAGACCUUUUGCGCCGACCAACGCGAACAAUUGAGUGCCGCAGUGAAAGUGGACAGCAGGCUCCACCAUUUUACUUCCAGCUGAAUGCUUCAUAUGACAAACGUGACCCUAUUAUCAACAACUAUCCUCACAUGAAGCUUCGAUUAUCAGCUCCCGUCGAGAUACAAAAUUUGCUUCCCUAUGAUUUCAAGUAUCGAAUCUACGACAAGAAUACUCGCAAAGAUUGGACAAACUUUCUCAGGCGGGGCGGUGUCAGUCCAGUACAUGUAGUGGAACUGUCUCAUUUGCUUCUCCUCAGUAUCGAUUUACAAGACUCGGUAUUUAAGCAAAGCGAGUUUGCCAUCAUCAAUGGAACCUCUCAAGACUUUCGGCGAGAAGAUGCGUUAUCGCUCAAGGAUGAGCGGGGCGUAGAGCUGAGGCUUAAACUGCACUACUUCAACUUGCCGGACAGUGGAGGUGCCUUCAAGGUCAGCGUGUACAGCCCGUAUCUUGUAUUGAACAAGACUGGGUUGAGCAUGGAAGUCCAAAGUAAAGGAUUCAUGCAAUCUGCCAAAUCAUCAGCCGGGCAAGGCAUCCAUGCUGAUUCGGCAGCUGGUCACGCGAAACCUUAUAUGUACUCUUAUCCUACUGAUGACCAGAAGAAUCGAUCGAUCAUCAAAAUAGGUGACUCCAGAUGGAGCAAGCCACAGAGUUUUGAUGCGAUCGGUAGUACUUUCGAGGUCAUCGUCGGAGCGAGAACGGAGCGAGCUGAAUUCCAUGCCGGCGUGUCUGUUGCUGAGGGUGAGGGCAAAUAUAAACUGACGAGGGUGGUCACGAUAACACCGAGAUUUAUUCUCAACAAUAAACUCAAUGAAGAGCUUCAGGUGCGGGAGCCAGGAACAUCGAAUGUGUUGACGAUGAAAGCCGGAGAUCUGGUUCCUCUUCAUUUCCUACGUCAAGUUCCAGAAAAACAGUUGUGUUUGUGCUUCCCUGGUGUCAACAACCAAUGGUCCUCGCCUUUCAAUAUUGCCGAUGUGGGUAUCAUACAUGUGAAACUGGCCAAGGCAUCUCAGCGACAGCGACUGAUCAAGGUGGAAGUGGUGAUGGAGAAUGCGACCAUCUUCAUUCACUUGAGAAUGGAGACCAGACAUUGGCCAUACUCUAUGCGGAAUGAAAGUGAUAUGGAGUUCAUCUUCUAUCAAUCAAACCCUAAUGUUGACGAGGAUGAGUAUGAAGAUACAAGCAGCGGAUGGCGGCCCAUUCGGUACCGUUUGCCACCUCGCAGUAUCAUGCCAUAUGCUUGGGAUUAUCCUGCUGCGAAGAGCAAAUCACUUGUUCUCAACUGCAACGGAAAAGAGCGUCACAUUCGAUUGGCAGAAAUUGGAAACUUGAUUCCCAUGAGGGUUCCUUCGAACAACAACCCUAAUGGUCAGAGCAUCGUCGAUCUGAACAUCGUCGCAGAGGGUCCGACGCAGACGUUGGUCUUGUCCAACUAUAAGCCAUCCAAGAGUAUAUAUAGACAGCAAAAGGGCCAGACGUCUCAAGCCAGUGUUGCAACUGGCUUCGAAGUCAAGGUGGAAAACUCCGAUGUAACUUUCAAAGCACAGCUACGGCUUGGUGGAGUGGGCAUUUCGCUCAUCAAUCAAAACAUGAAAGAGCUGCUCUACUGCACGUUCCGAGAGAUUGAGAUUAAAUUGCGAGAGAGCAAGGUAUAUCAGACUUUGGACACCACGAUCAAAUGGAUCCAGAUCGAUAAUCAGCUGUACGGAGGCAUUUUCCCCAUUCUGCUUUAUCCCAGUGUUGUGCCAAAGACUGGAAAGGAGAUGGAGGCCCAUCCUAUCUUCCAUGCUAUGGUCACGAGAGUCAAGGACGAUUCGUAUGGAGUCUUGUACAUCAAGUAUGCCACCUUGCUCUUGCAACAGAUGACUCUGGAACUAGACGAGGACUUUGUUUUCGCCAUGCUUGACUUUGCCAAAGUGCCAGGUGCUUCUUGGUCUAUCGAACAAGAGGGCAAGCUCUGUGAUGAAGACCUCGAUAUCCCCGAACCAAAGUACGAGGAGAAUCGACAAGACGUGUACUUUGAGCUCUUGCAUCUUCAGCCUAUGCAGCUGGAUAUUUCCUUUAUGCGCACUGAACGAGUGAACGCUGAAGAUAAACUUCAGCCAUCGAACCCACUCAUGUUCUUCGUUAAUGUCAUGACAAUGUCUAUUGGCAAUGUCAAUGACGCUCCAGUCCGACUGAAUGCACUCAUGUUGGAGAACGCCAGGGUAUCUGUGCCCCUGCUCAUAUCCAACAUGAGAAAGCACUACACUCAGGAAUUCCUCCGUCAAAUACACAUCGUCUUGGGUUCUGCGGAUUUCCUUGGGAACCCAGUUGGUCUCUUCAACACCGUGAGCUCAGGUGUAGCGGACAUUUUCUACGAACCAUACCAGGGUCUUGUCACCGAUCGACCUCAGGAUCUGGGUUAUGGCAUUGCCAAAGGUGCUUCUAGCUUUGUAAAGAAAUCCGUCUUUGGUUUCUCGGAUAGUAUGGCCAAAAUCACCGGCAGUAUGUCCAAGGGCCUCGCAGCUGCGACUCUUGAUAAGGAGUUCCAAGAUCAACGGCGUAUGUCAAAAGCACGUAAUCGACCUAAACAUGCGCUUUAUGGUGUCACUUCUGGUGGUAAUGCUUUCGCUAGCAGUAUUGUGAGCGGUAUCGAAGGUCUUGCCCGUCAUCCCCUUCAAGGCGCAGAGAAAGGUGGCUUUGGUGGCUUCAUGAAAGGUGUUGGCGUGGGCAUGCUCGGUGUUGUAACCAAGCCAGCAAUUGGAGCAUUUGAUCUUGCAUCUAAUCUUGCCGAGGGUGUUCGAAAUACUACAACCGUUUUUGACUCUGAUGGCCUUGACCGCGUCCGUCUCACUCGCUUCAUUGGCAUGGAUGGCAUUGUCCGACCCUACUCUCAGCGCGAAGCACUCGGACAAUUCUGGCUCAAAACCACCGAUGAUGGUAAAUUCUUCAAGGAAGACUACAUUGCUCAUCUUGAACUGCCGGGCCGAGACAUGAUCGUGAUGUUAACCUACGACCGCAUACUACUCGUUCGCUCCGACAAACUUCGCUCUGAAUGGGAGAUUAAGCUUACAGAUAUCCAAACCAUUUCUAAAGAGCGGACGGGCAUGAGCAUCACUCUCAAAGGAGGUGCCAAUGGGCCAUAUAUCCCAGUGCAGGAUGAGAGUUCUCGGAAUUGGUUGUACAGGCAGAUUGCUAUCGCUGUUAACGCCUUUAACGAAAAGUACAACGCAAAGAAUUGA